AUGCAUACCAACGUUAACCUUGACAACGGAUCUCAUCAUGAUGAUGAACAAGAUAUUGGAGUUAUUGGUAAAGCUGUUAAUAUACCAUUACGUAUACGUCCUGAAAUAGAUUUAACUAAAAUACAAAAUACAAAUACAAUACAUAAUAAUUUAAAUAAGCCAAAUGAUAAUGUCGAUAUGAUAUCUGAUGAAUAUGAUAGUGAUUCAAAAGAAAAUGAACAUUUUGUUGAUAUGGGUCAAUCAUUAUCAGCUUCAUUUCGUUUACGUGUUCAACAAAAAACUCAGGAAAAAAUGGAACAAAAAGAACGUCGUCGACAAGAUCGAGAAUUUCGUCGUCAUCAAUUACAACUUCAACAACAAAAUAAUAAUAAUAAUAAUAAUAUAAAUCAUAUUGACAAUAUUUAUGAUAAUGAUCUUCCAACAUCAUCAACAUCAACAAGUCGUUAUUCAUCUCAACCUGAUCUUUCAUCCAAUGGUAAUGAUUUACCUCCAACACCUCGACGUCAAAUUGAUUCAAAUAUAAGUUCAAUAUUACCCAAUGUUCUUUCACAACAACGUUUUCGUGUAUAUAAAAAUUCUAUGGCUCGAUCUCAAACAUUUAACAAUCGACGUGAUCUAUCAGUAACAGAUCAACGUAUUCCAUUUAAUCGACCAUUAUCUGAAGAUCGAAUAACUGAUCAAUUAAGAAAUCCUGACGCUGUUUAUAGAGAAGCUAUGGAAUCGGUUUCGAGUGAUGAUUGGGAACGUAAAUGUUCUGGUCUUAGUUUACUUCAACGUCUUAUUGCACAAUAUCCUGAUAUAAUAACACAAAAUUUACAUCAAGUUGUUUUAGUGCUUAAUCAAGAAGUAAAAAAUCUUCGAUCACAAGUUGCACGUUUUGCUUUAUCAACAUUUUCGGAUAUGUUUAAACAUUUAAAACGAUAUAUGGAUAUUGAACUUGAUUUAACUAUUAAGGCUAUUAUGCAAAAAAGUGCAGAAAGUAAUGAAUUUUUUAGAACUGACGUAGAAAAGUGCCUUCAAAUUAUGGUUGAAAAUGUCACACUUCAAAAAGCAUUACAAGCACUCAUAGCUGGUGGAGCAAGUCAUCGUAAUCCGGCUGUAAGAAAAACAUCAGCAAAAUACAUCUAUAUUGUUUGUGAAAAAUUGGGUCCCAAUAAAAUAUUAAGUGGUGCUCGUGAUAUAACAGAACGUGUUUUACAAGUAGCAGCUACAUUCGCAUCAGAUGGGCCACCAGAAAUUAGAUGGUAUGGUAAAAAAAUUUAUCAUAUGUUAAUGUCUUUUGAUGAACUUGAUCCAUUAAUGAAACAUUAUCUUAAUCCAACAGUUUAUUCAAACAUGUGUGAAAUUCUUGAUAAUAUUCGAGCAAAAGAUGGAGUUGGUGAAACACCGAGUGAAUCAGCAACAAAAAAUGGUCGACGUGCAUUACCAACGGAUAAAAUGCCUUCGAAUGGAACGUUAACAAAUCAUUUUUCAUCAACACGUAAAAUAAAUAGUGCUGAUCAAACGGAACAAGUUCGUAAUUUAACAAAACAAAUGCGUAGUUCAGAUUUUCGUGAACGUUUAAAUGGUAUUGAAGAAUUUCAAAAAUUAUGUGAACUUGAAACUGGUGCAGCUAUACAAUCACUAGUACAAAUUUUUGAUGGUUUCAAUGAAUGUUUAGCUGAUAUGAAUUCAAAAGUUGUUUUUAAAGCAUUAAAUACAAUGCAUCAGCUUAUACCAAUCUUAGGUGAUGCAUUAGCAAGUGUUUUUAAUUCAGCAUUACCAAUUAUAGCACAAAAUAUUGCAUCAAAAAAUCGAGAUAUAUCACAACUUGCUUCGGAUAUUAUUGAUACAGCUAUUGAAUAUAUUGAUAGCGGUUGUCUAUUACAACCACUUUGUACAUUAAGUCAAAAUAGCAAUCUACGUGUUCGACCGGAAAUUGUCUUAAAAUUAGCUACUCUUGUUCCGCGUGUUUGUCAACGUAAACCUAAACAGGUUGAAAUUCAUCUAUUACCAACUUAUUGGAAAUUAUUAGCAUUAUUACGUGGUCAAAAUACUACUGCAAUAAUAUCAUCAGGUGGUGGUUCAAAUAGUUUAAACUCUUCAAUUCAUGUAUUAACAACUGCACUUUAUACAGAAUUAGGUUCUGUACUACUUGAUAAAGCAAGUUCAAGUUCAAUGGUAACACCAAAAAAUUUACAAGUACUUCGUGAACUUUGCACAAAUAUUGAUGCUGUGUGA